AAAAUAUAUACUCGUGAAAAGCAACACAAUUGAUGUUUGCCGUAGGUUUUGUAGUGAUCGCCGUCGAACUGGAAUAAGUCGUUGUAAUAAUAAUAUUGACAAUAAUAAUAUACAACGUCACUGUUGUGCCUACCGUUCAAGUUCAAUAACGGUACCAUACUACCAUCGCCGACCAAUCCACAUAGCACAUAGCACAUCUUGCUCUGUGCGGACGCGCGUAAGUGUACGCCAACCGUUAAAUAAAUACGAGUAGUGUCACCAAUAUUCCGUGUGCAGCUGGCUGAACGGUUGAAUUUGCCAUGUCGGACGUGUGGCCUAUUCCGUUUGUCCAAUUGUACGCGGUCGCCAUUCUACUGGUCGCGUUCCUGUUCUACGUGUACCUAACGUACCACUAUCGCAGAUGGUCGCGACUCGGCGUACCGCAGGCUGAGCCAACGCCGCCGUUCGGCAGCCUUAGCGACGUGGUCAUGGGCCGUAUACCACUCGUAGAUAUCAUCCAAUCGCUGUACCAUAAAUUCGACGGACAUCGGUAUUUCGGCAUCUACGAGGGACGUGAACCGCUGCUGGUGAUUCGCGACUCAGAACUGGUGCAUACCAUCAUGGUAAAGGACUUCCGAUCUUUCGUCGACCGAAACGCGAGCAAGGAGUCGUUCAAGCACGACAAGCUGUUUGAUCACUUGGUGCACCUGCGGGGAGAACAGUGGAAAGCGAUCAGGGCCAAGUUGAGUCCGACUUUUUCGGCGGCUAAGCUCAAAUUCAUGUUGGGCGACAUAAACGUGUGCACGACGCGUCUGAUCGACAACUUGAACAAUCAAAUGAUGAGCAACAAUGGAAUUGUUGAUGUGAGUGAAGCAUCGGCUCAAUUUACAACUGAUACUAUUGGCCGUUGUGCUUUUGGUCUAGACUGCAAUACAUUAUCAAAUCCGGAUUCUGAAUUUCGUCGUACAGGACAAGCCAUCUUUGCGCCGAGACUUCGAUCGACUUUACUAAAUCUAAUCAGACUAUUUGGUUUUGGUCGGCUUUUAGAUGUAUUUAGAAUACGUGGUAUGCCUAGUAACAUUUAUGACUUUUUUGAUAAUCUACUUGAGACAACAAUGGAACAACAUAAACAUGGAAAAAAUUCACGAAACGAUUUUAUAGCACUUUUAGUAAAAUUGAAAGAAGAAGAAAAACUAAAGGAAAAUGAAAAAAAAUUAUUUACUGAUGACAUAUUAGCAGCAAAUACAUUCGUAUUCUUUGUGGCUGGUUUUGAAACUACAGCUUCCACAAUUAGUUAUUGUUUAUACGAGUUAGCGAUGAAUCCUGAAAUUCAAGUAAAAUUACGAGAAAAAAUCAAGCAAACACUGGACGCAAACGAUGGAAAGCUUGGAUAUGAUACGUUAAAAGACCUGAAAUAUUUGGAUAUGGUGAUAAAUGAGACAUUCAGACUGCAUCCACCAGUUCCCGUUUUAAAUCGAGUUUGCACUCAGAAAUACACAUUUGCAGACAGUAACAUAACUCUAAAUGUUGGUGAGAAAAUAAUAAUUCCCAUAUAUUCAAUACAUCAUGAUCCCAAGUAUUAUUCAGACCCAGAAAUUUUUGAUCCUGAACGAUUUAGUGAAGAAAACAUGAGUUCAAUACCACAUGGCACGUUCCUCCCGUUUGGUGAUGGACCUAGGAUAUGUAUAGGUUUGCGAUUCGCGAUGAUGGAAGCCAAAACUGGACUAGCGGAAAUAUUGUCAAAAUUCGAAAUAUCACCAUGUAAAGAAACACAAUCUCCAAUCAAAACUAAACCAAGGUCGAUUUUACUCACACCAAACGAAUCAAUUCGAUUAUCAUUCAAAAGUAUUGAUCAAUAAUAUAGCAAUCAAAAUAUUGUAUUAUUCAAUGAUAAGGGUUAAUUAAUAAUUAAAAAGUAUUAAUAAAUUAUUCUGUUAUCAAUGCA